ACCAACAUUCUCUCUCCUCCUCUCAAGCUACCUCCCUCCGAUCGAUUGGGCAGCCGGGCUGCGAGGCUGUGCUGCGUUUCGUGUGGCAAAGGCCAAAGAGCGCGGGCGCGAGGAGAGCUAGGUCAGAGAGAGAUGAUGUCGUCGAGGGAGCGCAAGAAAGCAGCCGCUCUGCAGGAGAAGCUGCAGCUCCUUCGCUCUCUCACCCACUCCCAUGCUCUGAGCGAUACGUCGAUAAUCAUGGACGCGUCCAAGUACAUCAAAGAGCUGAAGCAGAAGGUGGUGAUGCUGAACCAGGAGAUCGCUUGCGCGCAGGACUCGCGCAGCAGACAGAACUCUUCCUACCCCACGGUCAAGGUUGAAACCCUAGGGCACGGGUCGUUCCUCGUCAACGUGUUCUCUGACAAGAGCUGCCCGGGGCUUCUUGUUUCCCUCCUCGAGGCCUUGGAUGAGCUGGGCCUCAGCGUCCUCGAAGCCACGGCCACCUGCGCCGACACCUUCCGCCUAGAAGCCAUGGGAGGGGAGAACCUGGUGGAGAACGUGGACGAGCUCGUCAUCAAGCAGGCGAUGCUGAGGGCCAUAAGAACGGCCCGCUCAUCCCAGAGCGGCGGCACCGAGCACGACGACGACCAGAUAUAGCGCGAGCAAGCAGAGCUGCCUCGCCCUCCAUUGGUCUACGUCUCUACGAAAUACUAGUUUCUACUAUUCUCACUAUAUAUAUAUCCCCUCUCUCUCUCGUUCGUUUUUCUUCAUCGUACUGGUGAUCAGAUGUGCCACCCAUGGUAAAUUCGACGGUUCGACACCAUUGCUAGGUCUUGUAAUGCUGUUAAUUAGGGGUGUAUCGGGCAAUUAAUGGUUAAGAUCGUUAUCAUGCAACAUGUGAUGGGAGGUUCAUCUGAAAGGAGGCUAGCUGGCCUGUUGUACUAUCAUGCAAUGUAAGCACUCUUGUUGAUGCAGGAAAAAUGUAC